AUGGUAACAUUUAACGAGACAACUGAUGUCCACAAGAUGCAGCCACCAUCUUGCAUACCGAAUCCAAUGUCACCAGGCCUGCGGCGCAAACAACUGCUGUGGCAGAAUGCAGUGAAACACAUCAUCAGCCAACGAGGGUUGAGGGAGCAGUUUGGUGUGGAGCCGGCCCGAAAAAUUCAUGUUACCGAUGCCUAUAUUGAGGAAAUCAACAAACAGAUACGCAGUAAAGCAUCACGGGGGAUGACCAAACGUCGUUCCUCAGUCGCCAGAGUUCAUCCGUCCUUUUUUGGGGAGCGUAGUAGUUCGUCCAGUACACAGACUGGGACAUCUGUGGACUACAUCAGUGAUGCUGACUUUUUUGUGCACUGGGGCCACAUCAUCCAUGGAGUGCAUGUGCCAACAUUGAGACACAUUUUCAAAUCCAAAGACCUGGAAAAGCUCUACCAGCGCCAUUCCUCGCACACUAGAAGAACCUCAUUGGUCGUCACAAACAUUAUUGAUGCAGCUGCCAAACUGCACUUGUUUUUGCUCUACCUGGCCUUGGCACCGGACAGAUCGGACAUACUGAUGAGCUGGUUUACAGGGUUCUUCAUGGCUUGCGCGAUUGCCCUAUGUGUUUUGGUACUAACCUGUAAACGCUCACAUUCCCCAAAAUGGUUGCAUUACGCUGGUAUGGCUAGCUGGCUGUCUCAGACUGCUCAGGUAUUGGGUGGGCUGGCGUAUGGCUUGGAAAGAGACCAGUCUUGGUAUGUUCUGUUUACUUUGUUUGCCACAUAUACUCUUCUGCCACUGCCACUGCUCUGGGCGAUCGGAGCUGGCACACUCACCUCCAUACUGCACCUCACAGCGGAGACCAUUCGUCACAUCAGUGAAGUGGGACUUUUCCGAAAGCUUCUCGCCAAGGCAUUAUUGUACACGAGUAUGAAUGUUGCAGGGCUGUUCAUCCAUUACCUGACUGACCGGUCACAGAGACAAGCCUUUCUGGAGACACGACGCUGCAUCGAAGGUCGCAUGAAACUAGAAACAGAAAACCAGAGACAGGAACGUUUGGUGCUGUCAAUCCUGCCCCGCUUUGUUGCCUUGGAGAUGAUUUCUGAUAUGACUUCAAUGGAUGAUGAGCUUGAUCCGCAGCAGUUUCAUAAAGUAUAUAUCCAUCAGUACAAAGAUGUCAGUAUCCUUUUUGCUGAUAUAAAGGGCUUCACACUGUUAUCCAUGAACAUGUCAGCUCAGGAGUUAGUGCGCUUGCUAAAUGAGCUCUUUGGACGUUUUGAUCGGCUAGCUGAGGAAUAUGACUGCUUGCGAAUAAAAAUCUUAGGGGACUGUUACUACUGUGUAUCUGGGGUGCCAGAGCCUCAGCUAGCACAUGCGCGCUGCUGUGUGGAAAUGGGACUAGCGAUGAUCAGCACCAUGCGAUCUUUAAGGAAACAGCAGAACUUUGACAUGGAUAUGCGGAUUGGGAUUCACACCGGCUCUGUUCUUUGUGGGGUUCUGGGACUACAAAAAUGGCAGUUUGAUGUGUGGUCCUGGGAUGUGGGCAUUGCCAACAUGCUCGAAGCUGGUGGGAUCCCUGGACGCAUACAUAUUUCACGUGCCACUCUGGACUGCCUAGACGGGAGCUUUCAAACUGAAGAUGGGCGCGGAUAUGAACGCAACGAGUUCCUACGUAAACACAACAUUGAUACUUUCCUUAUUUGCCACAAGGAGGAGGAUCUCAAUGAAAUUGAAGUAGAUCAUCCAAAAACUCGGCAUAACAACCGCCCCUGGAACAAAGAGAUCUUGGCCUCCUUCUCCAAUGGAUCUUACACUCAACUGCCUACAUCCUCAGCAUGCAGAUCCAUGUCCAAGGAAAUCAACAAGAGGAUAGAGCAUGCCAUCGAUCUCCGCAGCAGUGAACGCAUGCGUCAGGAGCACAUCACUCCAGUCACGCUGGUUUUUAAGGAUGCACACAUUGAGGAAAAGUUCUCACAGGUAAGGGAUGAGAUGUUUAAGACCAAUCUAGUAUGCUCCUUCAUCAUGCUGCUUCUCCUCAUGGCCGUCCAAGCCCUCAUCCCUGUGCCCAGGAUGUACCACUGGACCGUGCUGCAGUUCUGUCUGUUCCUGCUGGGAUAUCUGCUAUUGCUUGUGAUGGUCCUGGCUGAAGAGUUCAAACACUCUCCUGGGGUUCUUCAGCAGUUCUGCUGUUGGAUCCAUGAAAACAACAGCAUGCGGAAUCUGCUCACCAUCACAGCUAUAGCAAUCAACUUUGGCAUGGCCCUCUUUGACAUGAUGUGGUGUAACUCUACUGAGAUGAAAGAAAUAAGCACUCGUGAAACCGAGGGAUAUAAAGCCAGCCAGAAGCCACUGACUGCCUGUACCUAUCCAGAGGUCUUUGUUCUGAGCGGGGUGGUUUCGAUGGUGACCUGCGCUGUGUUUCUGAGGAUGAGCUCUCUCUUGAAGUUGACUAUUCUGUUGUUUGUGGUGGCCGUCUAUACUUACUUCAUCGAAGUGUCCUUCCACAUGCUGUAUGUACAUCAACAAGAGCAUGAACAUUUAAGUAGGUCUCACUUCCUUAGACGAAAAGGAGUCUCAGUUCUGUUGAUGGCAAUGUUUGUGAUUGCUGUACUCUACAAUGGUCGACGGUGGGAGGCCACAACACGGCUGGACUUCCUGUGGCGUUUGCAAGCUCAGCAGGAAGUGCAAGAGAUGAGAGACCUGAGGGAACACAACGAGUGUCUUCUGCAUAACAUCCUACCAGCACACGUUGCUCGUCACUUCCUAGAAAGGAACAGAAAUGACCAGGAGCUGUACUCUCAGUCCUAUGAUGAGGUGGGAGUGAUGUUUGCCUCCAUCGCUGGCUUUAAUGACUACUAUGAGCAGAAGGAGAUCAAGCACGAGGGAGUUGAGUGUCUCAAAUUGCUCAAUGAGAUCAUUGCAGACUUUGAUGAGCUGUUGGAGGAAUCAUACUUUUUGGACAUUGAGAAAAUCAAAACCAUUGGCAGUUGCUACAUGGCAGCAUCUGGACUAUCCCCUGAUAAACAGUCUCGUGUUGUAAAUGACUGGCAUCAUCUCAGUGAGUUGGUUCUGUUCGCUCUGGCCAUGCAAGAAACCCUGAGGGAGAUCAACAAACAUUCCUUGAACAAUUUUCAACUACGCGUUGGAAUUGCCCAUGGCCCUGUUGUCGCUGGCGUCAUCGGUGCAACCAAACCCCAGUAUGACAUCUGGGGCAUGACAGUGAAUUUGGCCAGUCGGAUGGACAGUACUGGAGUCAGCGGACGAAUUCAGGUCCCCGAGGCCACACGCAAUAUUCUCGCCGACUGGGGCUUCGUACUUGAGUUGCGCGGUGAGAUAUACAUAAAGGGCGUCAGUGAGAGAAAGGGACGUGUCAGGACGUACUUCAUCAGCACCAAAAGACGUCUGAUGACAAGUAAUGGGAUUGCAGACAGAGGGAAGAACGGACACACUGGGAGAACAACCCUUGCUGCGGUAGUCUUUGGCCUUGUACAAGCCAUUCACAGAGAAAAACAGAGAGGCACCAAUGGAGGUUUCACUCUGACAAACAGCAACUUUAGCAACUUAAAGUUAUGACGGAUUCACUGUUAACUUGACGGAUACACUGCCUUCAUCUUUUGAAAGGAUACCUCAUAUAUCUUAGAAAUCAACACAUGAACUAGAAUAAUGAGUGUUUUUCUACAUGUUUUUAAAAAUACUGUAUUAUUAUUUUCACUAUGGACCUCUUGUAAUAAAACUAAACCUACAACUUGCCAUGCAUUUAGUAAAGACAGGUUUAUACAUCACUGUGUACAAAUAAUCACGUGAAUGCAGUUUACAGA